AUGGUGAUAGAAUGGCCACCCCACCCCGCACCGCCGUGCGGGCCACCCCGCCCCCGCACCGCCGUGCGGGCCACCCCGCCCCCCACCUCCGUGCCGGCCACCCCGCCCCCCACCACCGUGCCGGCCACCCCGCCCCCCACCACCGUGCAGGCCACCCCGCCCCGCACCACCGUGCAGGCCACCCCGCCCCGCACCACCGUGCAGGCCACCCCACCCCGCACCACCGUGCAGGCCACCCCACCCCGCACCACCGUGCAGGCCACCCCACCCCGCACCACCGUGCAGGCCACCCCACCCCGCACCACCGUGCAGGCCACCCCACCCCGCACCACCGUGCAGGCCACCCCACCCCGCACCACCGUGCAGGCCACCCCACCCCGCACCACCGUGCAGGCCACCCCACCCCGCACCACCGUGCAGGCCACCCCACCCCGCACCACCGUGCAGGCCACCCCACCCCGCACCACCGUGCAGGCCACCCCACCCCGCACCACCGUGCAGGCCACCCCACCCCGCACCACCGUGCAGGCCACCCCACCCCGCACCACCGUGCAGGCCACCCCACCCCGCACCACCGUGCAGGCCACCCCACCCCGCACCACCGUGCAGGCCACCCCACCCCGCACCACCGUGCAGGCCACCCCACCCCGCACCACCGUGCAGGCCACCCCACCCCGCACCACCGUGCAGGCCACCCCACCCCGCACCACCGUGCAGGCCACCCCACCCCGCACCACCGUGCAGGCCACCCCACCCCGCACCACCGUGCAGGCCACCCCACCCCGCACCACCGUGCAGGCCACCCCACCCCGCACCACCGUGCAGGCCACCCCACCCCGCACCACCGUGCAGGCCACCCCACCCCGCACCACCGUGCAGGCCACCCCACCCCGCACCACCGUGCAGGCCACCCCACCCCGCACCACCGUGCAGGCCACCCCACCCCGCACCACCGUGCAGGCCACCCCACCCCGCACCACCGUGCAGGCCACCCCACCCCGCACCACCGUGCAGGCCACCCCACCCCGCACCACCGUGCAGGCCACCCCACCCCGCACCACCGUGCAGGCCACCCCACCCCGCACCACCGUGCAGGCCACCCCACCCCGCACCACCGUGCAGGCCACCCCACCCCGCACCACCGUGCAGGCCACCCCACCCCGCACCACCGUGCAGGCCACCCCACCCCGCACCACCGUGCAGGCCACCCCACCCCGCACCACCGUGCAGGCCACCCCACCCCGCACCACCGUGCAGGCCACCCCACCCCGCACCACCGUGCAGGCCACCCCACCCCGCACCACCGUGCAGGCCACCCCACCCCGCACCACCGUGCAGGCCACCCCACCCCGCACCACCGUGCAGGCCACCCCACCCCGCACCACCGUGCAGGCCACCCCACCCCGCACCACCGUGCAGGCCACCCCACCCCGCACCACCGUGCAGGCCACCCCACCCCGCACCACCGUGCAGGCCACCCCACCCCGCACCACCGUGCAGGCCACCCCACCCCGCACCACCGUGCAGGCCACCCCACCCCGCACCACCGUGCAGGCCACCCCACCCCGCACCACCGUGCAGGCCACCCCACCCCGCACCACCGUGCAGGCCACCCCACCCCGCACCACCGUGCAGGCCACCCCCAAUCACUCUGAAGAAGACCGGACAGUUGUCCUCUUGAUGGAUGAAAUCCAUUUAAAGUCACAAAUGGACUACAAAGGGGGAAACAUAGUUGCUCAGGCCUAUAAUAGUAGUGAAUGUGCAUCUGGAGCCUGCAUAUUCAUGGUGCAUAGUUUGGAUACACAGUUCAGCGAUGUAGCUCAUAUUCUGCCGGUCAAAGCCAUGCAGGCCCCUGCUCUUUUCACCUUCCUUAAAGAUAUUUUAUUGAAGUUAGAAAGCAUAGGGUUUGAAGUUGUUGGUAUUGUAUCUGAUGAUAAUGCAAUCAAUAAGAAAGCUGUAUCUUACUUCAGUGAUCCACCCGAACUUAAAAUUAAAUACCGACACCCUUCUCCAGGUGCUGGAAAAAAGACUUUGCACAUUGGUGAACAACAGCAGCAACAAGGAAGUAUGGGGCAGAACACAACCUGA